AGUCAGCCGUCAAAGCCGUCAAAAAACUCAAAGCGAGCGGUACGCAUGCGCGCAGUCCGCAGAUCCGUUAGAAGCACUGCCACAGAACAGAGUUGCGAUUUAUAGAGGGCCAAGUGGCGACACACGGGAACGAACGCGUCUAAAAAUACUGCGCGUGAAGGACACAUACUGAUAAACACCAAAGUGAAGUAAAUGAACAAAGAACUGAGAACUGAGAACAGUGAAGAAGAGAGAACAAGGAAUAGAAUAUAAAACAAAAAGCAAAUAAAGCGGAGGCAUAAAAAUUCUUCACAUCGUUCGGCGCGCACCAACGACAUCGGCACGGCAACGACAACGACGGGGCAGGCAGGAUCGAGUGUGGCGGACCGGACAAAAAGCCCCAAAGAGAAUACAACGAAAUAAAAUAAAAUAAAAUAAAACAAAGUCCAGCGAAGGUGCGAGACAAGAAAUUAAAUUGAUAAAACCUAAGAGCAGACUUGUCGCUGCUGUUUGCUGCAAUUAUCGGGGCAGCGCAUCGCGUCGGGAAUGCGCCCUGCGAGAGCGCGCGAGUUUGAGUGAGUGUCCGCGUACGUGACAGUGUCCGCGCGAGUGUGUGUGGCAAAUAGCUCAAAGCCACGAAAUCGCUUUAUCGGUGCGCCGAAAUCGCCAAUUGGAAAAAUUAAACAAAAAGAGAAACUGUUAAGCGAGAAGCUGAGAAGGGCAAAUCCAAACCACAGAAAUAUUGACCCCCGCGCAUACAUACACCCAUACAUACCCAUACCUCGCCGCGCAGCGCAGCACACACACAGCCACAGCCAUAGACACAGACACAAAAAGACACCAAGAAACAGGGAAAAUGUACAAUAAAAAAUUACAGCAAGUGAUCGUGCAGAAAAUAGAUCGAUAAACCCGAAAAAACGGGGGGAAACCAGCGAAAAAUAUAAAAAUAAAUAAGCGAAAGACGAUCGCGAGCGAUUAAGGAGCCAAGGAGUCACAACCAGAUCCAGAGGAGUCGCCGUGAGGAGGAGAGACAGAGAGUGCUGCUUGCGUUUGGGGCACGUUUUUGUGUUUUUAUUUCAAUUUCAAUUGUGGAAAUCGUAGAGGAAAAAUUCGCAAUAAGCGAACCGGUCCAUCUACAAUCCAGAGGGACUCUGCAGCCAAGAUCCCGAACCAGAACCAGACCCAGACACAGACCCAGAACCGAGAGGAAAACCGAUAUUUAUUAAACAAAGACAGAAAUUAAUUUCAAGACUUUGUCGAUUGCCACUCGCACUGAACCCAUCCUCAUCUUCCGCCCAGAACAAGCAACAAGCAACCAGCACCCCGCUCCGCCUCCUGCAGACGGCUUCUUUAUGCCAAUCUUGAACUUUGGGACAGCUUGUGUUUGAGCGCAGAGGAGCAUAUCAGAGGAGGGAACUCGGCGGACAGCAAAAUGUACAACAUCAAGCACCUGGAAGCCGGACAACAUCAGCCACAGCACCACCCACACCACCCACAGCACCCACUGAGCGACCGCUUGAGCCUGGCAGUGAGCGGCUCUGCCACAGCCGAGCCGCAGCUCACCUGCAGCGUCAUCGCAGCCCCCUCUACACGCGGCCAGGGCAGGCCUCAGUUCCUGGGGACAAGAAGCCGCAGCCCCAUUGAAGCCACCCCCAUGACGCUACUGACCUUGCGGCGUCGUCGCGCCUUCCAGCGCCGUGCCUGCCUCCUGAGCAUCCUCGCCGCCUUCGUCUUCGGCAUGGCGCUGGGCGUGGUAGUGCCCAUGUUCGGCCUUCCGGACUACUUCGUGGGCAGCAGCAACGCGUCCGCAUCCCCGCCAGCCGUGCAGCAGCAGCAGCAAGUGGAGAGCGAGGGGGUGCAGCGUCCACCCUCGGAUUUCCCAAGUAUCUAUGGGAGCGCAGCCCUGCCGCCCUACAGCGCAGAACUGAGUGCCGAGCAGGUCUUCCGGAACGUGUUCCACCUGGAGCAGGACAAGAAUGCACCGGACUCGAUGAUCGUGAAGAAACUGGACACGAACGACGGCAGCAUCAAGGAGUUCCACGUGCAGCGCACCUACAGCGGCCGCUACCGCAAGGGUCCCGAGCGCAGGCCUUCGAAGAAGGAGGAUGGAACGCCGUCUGCCCCGUCGGCGGAGAGGGCGGGUCUCAUCGAAGCGGACGUCUACUGGUGCCCUGAGGUGGAGCGAGCUCUGCCCAAGGGCUUCGCGGCCGAGGAUCAGCGCACCUGGGAGCGCUACGUGUCCGGCCAGGGCAAGGUCGUGCGACUCGAGCACGGCUGCGGGCGCAUGCAGAACCGCAUGGUGGUGUUCGCGGAUGGGACACGGGCCUGCGCCCGCUACCGCCAGAACACCGACCAGAUCCAGGGCGAGAUCUUCAGCUACUACCUCGGCCAACUGCUGAACAUCAGCAACCUGGCGCCGAGUGCUGCCACAGUCAUCGACACGACGACCCCGGACUGGGCGGCAGCCCUGGGGGACAUCACGCAGGCGCAGUGGAAGGAACGCAGGCCGGUGGUGUUGACGCGCUGGUUGCCGGAUCUGGAGCCGGCUGGAAUUCCGCAGCCCUUUCAGCCGCUCGAGCGGCACCUGAACAAGUACGACGUCUGGAACCUGACGAAGCAUCUGCAGCAGACGCGGCCAUCCGAUUUGGAGUCGGAGUCAAAGUUGGACGCAGCGCCGGGAUUACUCAAGCGGCUGGGGGCUGCCACCUCGCAAGGACCAGCUCAUCAAUCAAGCAUGCUUGAGGAGACGCAAUGGCAGUCCCAGUCGCAGACCCAGACCCAGUCGGAGUUGGAGUCGGAAUUGGAGUCAAAGUCGGCGCUGGUGCAGCGACUAAUUGAAUUGGCACAAUGGUCCGAUUUAAUCGUCUUCGAUUACCUGAUCGCGAACCUCGAUCGUGUUGUUAAUAACUUGUCCAACUUUCAAUGGAAUGCCGACAUCAUGGCCGCGCCGGCCCACAACCUGGCCCGCCAGUCCAGCUCGCAGCUGCUCGUGUUCCUGGACAACGAGAGCGGGCUCCUGCACGGCUAUCGCCUGCUGAAGAAGUACGAGGCCUAUCACAGCCUCCUGCUGGACAACCUGUGCGUCUUUCGCCAUCCCACCAUCGAGGCACUGCGGCGGCUGCGAGGGGGCGCGGGCCGGCCGCUGCGCGAUCUCUUCGAGCGCGCAACCAGCGACGGCGUGCGUGACGUGCUGCCCUUGCUGCCGGAUAAAUCAAUCAAGAUACUCAUGGAGCGCAUCGAUCGCGUGCUGGGCCAAGUGCACAAGUGCCGGGAGGACCUUAACAAGGGCAGCUAAUGAAGGCGACAAUCUGGGAUCGUCUGGAGUAUGGAUCGAGAUUGAGAUUGGGAUAGAGAUAGGGAUAGGGUUAUGUCGCGACUGAUAAGUUGUAAAUAUAUCCAGCAUAUAGCAGUGUAGGAUGCAGACUACACCGACCAAUCCCAUAGUCACAGGAGGAGAGGAAGUGCAUCCCUGGAUCCCUGGAUCCCUGCAUCACUGCAUCACUGCCUGCUGCCUGAGUAUUAGAAGGUGAACACUGCUUUCCACCCAUGUAAAUGUCCGACUCCUGCGAUGAGUAUUACGCAUACCCAUAGAUAUACCACCUAUCCGUAUAGCCUUUAGUGUAUACCUGCCAUUACAAUCGUGUGAUAUUUGUCUAAGAACUUAGUGGAAACUAAUUCAAGAUUAAGUAGAUUUCAUUUUACGUUUACAUCGAAUAAACCACAGAAUACCGAAA